AUGGAAGCGGUACCCGUUAUUGAUAUGGCCCCUUACCUUUCCGACCCCGACGCAAAGAAUUCCAAAACGGUGGUUCGAGAGAUUUAUGAAGCAGCGUCGACCUGGGGGUUCUUUUUGCUCACUGGCACCUCCCUUUCGAACGAUCAACAGCUCGCUCUAAUGCGGUCGACGAAAUCGUUUUUCGACCUUCCCUUGAAAGACAAGAUGGCUUUGGAUGUUGCACAAGGAGGUGUCGCGUGGCGAGGCUAUAUGCCUCUCGGCGGCGAACAAACCCAUGGCCAUAAAGAUUGGAAAGAAGGCCUCUACAUCGGACCCGAGCACCCCGAGGAUCACCAUCUCGUGCGAUCUGACGUCAUGGCAUACCUCGAGCAAGUUAACAACCUUGGCAAGGUCCUGACCGACAUGUUCUCGGAGGGCCUGGGCCUUGACAGAAGAGACCUUCGUCGCCGCUGGCUUGAUCCAGAACCUGUCAUCCUUUUCCGCUGCUUCAAGUACGCCCCGGUAGCGGCAUCGACGGAUGUGCGGUCCACUCACCCGGACCCCUCCAAGGACAGAAACGAGGAGGACGGGUUUGGAAUUGGUUCACAUACAGACUUUGGGUAUCUCACCAUCUUGAAAGUCGACUCAACUGGCCUACAACUACAAGUCUUGUCUCCAGCUGAUAAGUGGGUUGAUGUGCCGGUCAUUGAGGGCGCGCUGGUCAUAAACAUUGGUGACAUGUUCGACCAGCUGACUCACGGUCGGUUUUGCUCGCGCCCUCAUCGAGUUAGGCGACCAGAAGCUGGGGCACCCCCUCGAUUGUCGUUUCCCUUGUUCUUCGACUUUUCCUGGAACGCUUCCAUGGAACGACUCCCCCUCAACCAUCUUCCGCCCUUAAAUGAGACUCAAGAGCGAAACGCACGCAAUCGUUGGGCAAAGACGACAUUUGUCGAAGUAAAAGGCAAGUGGCACCAGUACCUAGCCCGCAAAGUGCAGAAGGUCUUCCCAGAUUUAGGACUCCCGGACUUUGAGUCCAACGAGGCUCCUUCGACGAGGUUUACACGCGUUGUCAACACAACAGCAGUCCCAACGUGA